AUGUCUGUGGAGAAGGCUACAGCGCGUGGUAAACAAUUUCGAGUUAUAUAUAAUGGAUGUCUGAAUUUCAGACACCUUUGUAUUCUAUUGCGAGCUAUCCUGAACAGCUCGCAAAAGAAUACAAGGUUGUCUGAAAUUCAGACACUCAAAUUUAACAUGAGGGUGUCUGAAAUUCAGACACCUAUAUAACUCGCAAUAGAACAUAAGUGUGUCUGAAAUUCAGACACCUAUAUAACUUGCAAUGGAAUAAAAGGGUGUCUGAAUUUCAGACACCUAUAUAACUUGCAAUAGAAUAUAAGGGUGUCUGAAUUUCAGACACCCAUAUAUACUUCUUUCACGAGCUAUAUGGGUGUCUGAAUUUCAGACACUCCUAUAACUAUAUCUUGCAUGAUCGUUUAUUCAAUUUCCAGCGAUAGGGGUGUCUGAAACUCAGACACGCAUAUAACUCGCAAUAAAAUAUAUGGGUGGCUGAAAUUCAGACAUUCCUAUAACUAUAUCUUGCAUGAUCGUUUAUUCAAUUUCCAGCGAUAGGGGUGUCUGAAAUUCAGACACGCACAUAACUCGCAAUAGAAUAUAUGGGUGCCUGAAAUUCAGACACCCAUAUAUACUUUUAUUGCGAGCUAUAUGGGUGUCUGAAUUUCAGACACUCCUAUAACUAUAUCUUGCAUGAUCGUUUAUUCAAUUUCCAGUGAUAGGUGUGUCUGAAAUUCAGACACCCCUAUAUAUUACACCAGUUAUUCUAUUGCACAUGCAUUUUAGCAGACAGUUCAUUUUUCUUGUUUAAAAGUUUGGUAUUGUGCGUUAAAAUGAACACUUAUCAGAAUAUUCGGCGAAAAAUAGCUAAAGCAUGAAAAAUAGGGUUUUUUCUACCAAUUUUUUUCGAUUUUGAUUGAUUUUGGAGGUAGACUGAACGCACUCGAAAUUAUAGAAAGAUAACAUAAACGUAAGCCAUAAGAAUUGCUGUCAGCAAGAAUCAAGAUUAUAUAUCAAUACAAUUUCGAAACAAGUUCGCAGGAAAUCGCGUUUUUCUUUGAAAUUUGGGGCAAAAUCACGAUGAUUUGGCAAUUAUACCGUAUUUUGGCAGAAAAAUGAGAAAUUUCAGAAAAAAGUGGAAAUUUUAGUCAAAAUUCGAAGUUUGGAAUUGUUCAAAAUUCUUUGGAACGCGUUGAUUAUUCUGCUGGUCGCCCGGUUAAAAAACCUGCAGUAUUUGACGGACGUAGUUCGUGGGAGGCAUAUGUGACCCAGUUUGAAAUUGAGGCGGAGAUUAACCAGUGGGACGGUCCAGAUAAAGCCGCCUUUCUGGGAACAAGUCUUAGAGGUCCAGUGCUAACGGUCUUAUGUGUUCAUUACACAUCAUUACUGGCUGCGUUAGAAAGCCGUUUUGGAAAUAAGAGGCAGUCUGAGCUGCAUAGAAUGAAGCUACGAAAUCGUGUCAGACGUCGAGAUGAAACUUUGCCGGAGUUGGCAGAAGACAUCGAAAGACUUACCCGUCUUGCGUACCCUGAAGCCCCUAUUGAAGUUCUAGAAACUUUAACGAAGGAUCAGUUCAUCGAUGCUUUGAACGAUAAUGAAAUGCGUUUAAGAGUUGCUCAAACUAGACCUACAACUCUUAGAGCCGCGCUCUGA